AUGCACAGCUCGGUCACGAGACGACAUGGUCCGGCUAGUUGCGCACGUGACAGCGAGCAGCGGCGCGACAGUGGCGAGCGGUGGCGAGCGUUAGCGAGUGGCGGGCGAGGCGGGAGCGUGCAGCGACAUGCUAUAGGCCCCUGUCCUUCUUUCCCUUUCCCCCACUCCUUCUAUCCCUUCCCCCCUGUCCUUCCUCUCCUCCAUGUCCUUCCCACCCUUUCCCCCUGUCAUUCUCUCCCUUUCCCCUUAGUCCUUCCCUCCCUUUCAUCGUUUUCGUUCCUCCUGAUGCUUAAUCCUCCCCCCUGUUCUUUCUUCCCUGUCCCCCUAUCCUUCCCUCCCCUUCUUCUCCCUCCCUCCUUUCCCCUCUCCCAACCCACUGCUUCGCCCUGCUCUCAUCCGUCCCCUUGCCCCCAUUCGUCCCUUUUCCCCCACUACCGUCGCUGCUUUUCCUGCUCAUUUCCCCCUUUCCUGAACCCUUCCUUUUCCUCUCUCACAUCCCUUCCCUUCAAGCGUGAGAGAUUGACCCAAAGCACUAUUCACUAUUCAGCCCCCCCCCCCCCCGCUGCUCCCCCCUGCACCCAUUCGUCCCCUUGUCCCCUCACCCAACCCUCGCUUUUUCGCACUCCCAUCCGUCGUUUUCCCCCUUGUUUGUUCCAGGGCAUUCCCCCCUGCCACCAUCCCCCAUGGCACAUCCUCCUAUGCCACACCUUCAGUUUCACGCCUCCCCAUUCCCGAACUCCCCUUGUCCGUCGGUCCCUUGGCGUCUUGCCCUUCCCUGCAGGCAGCAAAGGCGCGACGGUAGCAAGCGGCUCGCUCUCACUGUCUCUCCACCACCAAUCCUCCUCUCCCCCACUCCCGCCGUCCCUCCUUUCCCCCGUUACCAUUCAAACCUUCCCCCCGUCCCCGCCCCUCCUUCCAUCGGUGUCCGUCCCUCCUUCCCCCACCAUCCACCCUUUACCCUACCCUUUCCCACCAUUCACCCCUCUCCCGGCCAUCCCUUUCCCCCCUCUCCUGUCCCUCCCCAUUCCCCUCAUCCGACCCUUCCCUUUCCACUAUGACCCCACGGUGGCAGGCGUGACGACAUCCAACCCUCUGCUCCACCGCUCCCAACUCCACUGCUUCCCUUCACCCACCCCGCUGCUUCCCUUCACCCACCCAACUACUUCCCUUCACCCACCCCAUCACUUUGUGUCGUCGCGCACCCCACUGUUUCUGCCAACCCUCCAUUCAAUUUCCCCAUCAAACAUUUUUCACUUCUUCGGCUGGUGUCCACCCCCCUCCCCCCCUGCUAUCGGUGGACAGCUGCAUCAAUAA